GAGGAGAGCUACUUGAAUUACGUGCGCUUAUAAGACUGACAAAGGGAGAGAGGGAGAGAGAGAGGAUCAAUCACAAAAUUUUUUUCGACGUUUGGAAGAGAGAUUUCCACUAAAUAGAUACACUCAAAAAUAUAGACUGUUAUAAAUAGCAUAUUUCUGAAAUAACGGAUCCUUAUUUGCUUGACUGUAUCUUGACCUUCCUCUUCUCGUGAAAUCUAUAUUCAAAAUUUAAUGAUUAAAUCAUUAAAAAUUAAAAAUUUUGAUUUAUGUCUUAUUCUUUUUCGUGCUUUAUCUCUUUUAACAAUAUUAUCUGGCAUUAAUUAUACCAAGGUAUUCUCUGAUUAUCGAAGAUUAACUGAUUACGACGCAUAAAUUUUCGAUAAAGGCAGAUCUUUGAUUUCUGGCCAAGUUUUUCGCGAAUAUAGUGGAUUCUUGUAUAUUCAACCUCCCUUUAUUCUAUCCAUCGAGAUAGAUGAUCAAGGAUGAGGUUGGGCGAUUUGAAGGACAUUCGCGUGAUCACCGUCGUGGUAGUCUAUUUCAGCCUCUUCCUGGAUAAUGUCCUGUUGACGGUAGUUGUGCCGAUUAUUCCCGAUUAUCUGUGCACACUCGACGCGAACACGACCGCGAACGCCGAGAAGGACGAAAACGGUCGAGUGGGAUUACUAUUGAGCUCGAAGGCUCUGGUCCAAUUAAUUUUGAAUCCUACCGUGGGCACCCUCACCGGUACCCUGGGCUACGCCAGACCCUUGUUCCUGGGAAACCUGAGCCUCUUGCUAGCUGCUUUACUGUUCGCCUUCGGACAAACGUACGAGGUACUGUUCUUGGCUCGGAGUAUUCAAGGUAUAGCCUCGGCAUGUAUAGCGGUCUCCGGCAUGUCUCUUGUCGCCUCUCAAUAUUCCAAGGAGGACGAAAGAUCCAAGAUUAUGGGUUACAUCCUCGGCAGCAUCGCUCUGGGCGUUCUCCUGGGUUAUCCGAUCGGCUCCGUGCUUUACGAUCUCGAGGGAAAGAUGGCACCUUUUCUAUUAGUGUCUUGCUUCAUCGUUGUAAUAAUUUGUUUGCAAAUCUUGAUGUUAGAUGUUCAGACAAGUGAGUAUGAACCAAACGAGCAGCAAAGUACGUGGAUGCAUUUAUUAUUUAAUCCACAUAUCCUCAUUAUCGCUGGUGCUAUCUGGUGUUCGACAUCACCGAUGGCGAUAUUAGAACCUUGUUUGCCCAUUUGGCUUCGGACCCACAUAAGGCCAAAGAAAUGGCAACUGGGUACGGUAUUCAUACCGGACAGCGUGGGCUAUUUAAUCGGGACCAACUUCUUUGGCGUGAUAGCGUAUCGUUACGGGCGUAGUAAAGUGGCGAUUUUGGCUGUGUUUGUGGUCGGCGUUAGCGCCAUUCUCAUUCCAUCAGCCAACACAAUGUCACAAUUGAUAUUCCCGCAUCUGGCAAUGGGUUUGGGCAUCGGCGUCGCUGAUGCAUCUCUCGUGCCGUUGCUGGCCACUUUGGUGGACCGAAAUGGCAAUUACGGACCCGUUUACUCAAUUCAACAAGUAGCUGUCAGUUUAGCUUACUCCUUAGGGCCCAUCAUGGGCAGCGAAAUGGUCAGAGCUAUCGGAUUUCCAUGGGUAAUGCGAGUCGUGGGUAUCGUGAACAUAACAUACUGCCCAUUGCUGAUAUACCUCACGUUAGAACGGAGAAAGUUGUUGAUCAAGAAGGAAGAAAAAAAGGAUUACGAUACGUUUCAAAAAUCCAUCGUGCCCUACGAAAGAUUUCACGAUUCCGACGACGACCUUUGACGGAAAGUUCGAACGCAUAGAUAAAUCCCGGUUGUUUUCCUCGAGAAAAUCGGAGGCAGUAACGUAAACAGGAUGCCGUCGAAGGGAUUUCUAAUCGGAGAACGUGGCGCAAGAAGAGACGAAAUGGGGCGUAACUUUGCGCCCUGGGGUUUAUUCGGUGAACAACGCCGAUCGUCAUUAACAGAGGUGUUGAAUUAAUCGGGCCGCCGCCUUCGUCGCCGCGAGGGAGGCUAAAUGCGAUCCCGUAAACGACGUACGUGCGUACGCACGCGGACCUUUCUAAAUAUGAAGUGUUCCCCUCCUUUGUACACCAAUUUGUGGCACGGUGUUGAAUUAUAAAUAACGUACAGUUAAUCAAUUAAUCAAUAUUAAGUUAUCGCUACGAAAUUGUAUGCCGUUGUAACAAAUAUCCUCUCUACCUUAUCAAUGUUUUAAUAUAAUCCUAAUCCAUUCUCUAUUCUGAAAA